CAGUGUGUAGUAGUCUCUAGUCGGGAGAGAAGCUGCAGAAGCGUGUCUCCACAAUGCGGGCGUGAAGAAGUGCAGCUUGUAGUAAACGGGGAGAGGAGGGGAAACCGGGGCGGACAGGACAGCUGCGAGGGCUUCACGUACGCACGCACGCACGGACUUGCGGAGGGAAGCUGUCAAAAAUGUCGAACCGCAAGCACCGGGACAACCAAGAGAUUUGCUCACGUAAGGUCCGAGAGCUGGCUCAGUCUGGAGUAAACAAACACUGCUUCGAGUGCAGCCAGCCCGGGGUCACAUACACGGACGUCACGGUGGGCAGCUUCAUCUGCACGUCGUGCUCUGGAAUGCUGAGAGGCCUCAACCCUCCCCACAGAGUCAAGUCUAUCUCCAUGACAACCUUUUCGCAACAGGAAGUGGAAUUCCUCCAAAACCAUGGCAAUGAGGUUGGGAGGAGGACGUGGUUGUGUAUAUUUGACCCAAAGACAGACGCCUGCUCAGACAUGAAGGACUCGCAAAAGUUUAAGGAAUUUCUUCAAGACAAAUAUGAGAAGAAAAAAUGGCACUUUUCGAAAUGUAAAAAUCGCCGGGAUGUAGAGGGUCCUUGGAGUCCAGGGGUCCCUUCCAUGCCCCCCUCCCAUGGCCCUUUGGCUGGGCAAGGUCCGACCCACAAUGCCAGAGCGCCAAGACCACUGUCCCAGGCACAGCUGCCGUCAUGGGACCGGGGCCCCGCCAUCUCGCCAGCCGACAUGCGGACAGACGUGUUCACCGCCCGGCCACUGCGAUCCCAGAGCUUCAGAGAUCCCCCUCUUAAGGAUGCCUCUUUGUGUGGGAUUGAAAGACAGCGCCCUGGGUCUUUGUCGUCAGCGCUGGGAGGUCAAAGUCAUGCCCCAUCUUUUCCUGCCCUCCCUCGACCUUCAGCCAGUAGCUCCUUCAAAAACCACUUCACUUUAGGUCGUACAGUAUCAGUGUCAGGGAUCACUGGGCCCUUCAGAGCCUUCCCUAAGUCUCUGAGUGUGGACUUUGGAGGUCUGAGCCACACACAACCACAGCCCCUGCCUCAUUCCCUGUCCCAGCCUCAGCAGCAGCAGUCGGGCAGUGGGGGGCAGACCACACCCCCUCUCAGCACCGCCAAAAAUCAGGACAAGUAUGCCGCUGUCUCCCAACUGGACAGUGUCUUCUCUGACACACCAGCACCCACACAACCAGCUCCCCCUGCUGGUGGACCUCCACAAUACAGCAGCCUCUUUGGCAAUAGGCUCUCGUCCAGCUCGACUCCUGCCAGUUCUCCCGGGGUGGACACAGUCUCCGGCUCCCAAACCUUCGCAAAUUUCCCCAAUCCAUUCAGCUCCGGCUCCUCUUCCCAGCAGCCUGUCGCCCUCUCCCCCAGUAACCCCUUCAGCAGCGCCUCCGGAGGUGACUCCGGACCAUUUGUCACUUCACCCACAUCAGUGUUCCCUCCGCCUGUGUCCUUCCCAGCACCCACCUCACACAAUGCGUUUCAUGAGACAGACUGCAACCAGGAAGCCAAUGGUUUUGCCUCUUUCUCUGUAACUGACUCUCAACCCAAAGUUCCACGGUCCAUGUCGGUCAAUCCUUUUACAGGGAAUGUUUACCCAAGUCGAGGGACGUCAAAAAACCCUUUCAUCUGACCCUACACACCUCCUCCCCUCUCUGUCUCUAUCCCAUCGUUGGUCCCUGGAAACUGUUGAACCUGAAGAGUCGCUGCCAUUUCAAUGCCUCUGGAGUAUUUUUGAUCCUAAGCCCUGUCCGUGUUUACCUAUUUGUUUGUUGAGGAAAUAACAAAAGAUGUACUAAUGAAAUGUAGUGUGUGUGUGUGUGUGUGUGUGUGUGGGCGUGUGUACAGGAGAGUGAUGACCUGUAGUGUUUCAUGUCAAAGGUGUUGUGUGCCAGUAGAUGCCACCUCAGGGCUCAAAAUGACGCCUAUAACUUUUGAAGAAGAAUUUCCACACGUGUCACUGCUGCUGCUGCUUUCAUCUCCUGCUUAAAAAAGUGCAAAAACCCGCCAGCCCUCCCAGUAAUAUGUCUCCAAGAGGAAAGCCAGUUGGUAACUCACCAGUUGAAAUGUUUACGAUGUAAAGAGAGGAGUUUUGUAGCUUUAACAGCCUAAAGAUGCAUGAAGAAGAAGAUGGAGGUGGACCUUUAUGUCUACAUUUCGUUAUGCAUUGGUAAUUUGGUUUUAGUUCUGUUGAAGGACUGUAUUUUUACUCUCAGGCUGCAUGCGCUUAGAGGGCUAAAAGGAGAUGCUACUGAAUGUAAAAGCAAAUACUAAAUUAACCUAGAUGUGUAUUUCAUCUCCAGUCAUCCACCGGACCAAAUGUUUGUUCCUGUUUGUUUUGGUUUAACAUUGACACAGAUUGUUUUCCUUAAUUUGCCAAAAUGAGUCAUCGUAACAACGUCUUUGUAUCCAAUGUUCAUAAAAUCAGUUGCUUCUUA